AUGAAGAGAAACCUAGACUUAGUUCAAAAGGAGCUCGAGAGCGAAAAUGAAGAAAGGGGAACUUCUGAUAGUGAACUUAGCGAAAGUCAGGAAGAUGAAGAGCCAAGAAUUAAAGAUGUUUUAAACAAUCCUUCCAAAGCGGUGUCUAAGAAGGGAACUUCUUAUUUGUUGCAUAGUAUGGCCACAUCCAGAGAUAUUCUGUUUUGGACUCCCCGCAGACAGCUGCUUCGAAAUAAUCGCACAAUACCGGUCACAAACAUCGCCCAGCUAGUUGGGUAUGUACUUCUUCCGUUCAAUGAAGACGUGAUCAAGCCUCGUGCACUCAAUACUUGA